AUACUUACUCAACAACUCAGUCGGGUCUCUUGCUCUUUCAGUCUCAAGACUCAAUUCUCAAUACCAAACGUUAUUUGUGUUAAUGUUGUUUAUACAUAUGUGACUUUACGGUACAAUUGCAAUGUCGCUGCACUCAGUUUCAUUUGAGCUUUCAAUGUGAAUUAGUCAUUUUUUUUAUUGUAAAUUUUUAGAGUAAAAAUCAGCUGGAAUUUUUAAUUUUUUUUAUCAGUUCUAUGAAUAAUAUUAUUAAAAUGGAUACGCUUGUGUUUAAAGUGAUAAUUGAGUAUCAACUUAUCAUUGUCUAAAAACCGGCUUACUCACGUAACGUUUGGCAAUCUUUAAAUGUGAGCGAUGUUGUUUUAUAAAAAUAGAUUCUAACGAGACACUGCAGCAUCCUUCUGUUGAUUCACACACCAACACGCCAGCCUAAUGUCUGUAUGGUCGACGAGCACCGGACGCAAUUCAGUGUUUGGUGCCGAGGGUGGACCAACGACCUUAGCUUCCACUCAUCCGACAAUUCCAAUUGACGCUCAUUCCCACUCUCAUCUUCACACCACCGAGGGUCACUGUUUCAACAAACGUUUUUACAAGUGUCAGACAACAAUGUCGCAGUCCGGAGAUGGCCUUCAUACGCCGAGUUAUCUUUCUUGGAGAAAAUUGCAGCUCAGCCGGGCAAAGCUCAAGGCUUCCUCUAAGACCUCGGCGUUACUUUCUGGAUUUGCAAUGGUAGCAAUGGUAGAAGUGCAACUGAGCACAGAAACAAAAGUGCCUACAGAAAUGCUGAUAGCAUUCGCAGUGUGUACAACACUCCUGGUAGCCGUCCACAUGCUUGCGUUGAUGAUCUCUACGUGUAUUCUUCCCAACAUAGAGGCGGUCUGCAACCUCCAUAGCAUAAGUCUGGUCCACGAAUCUCCUCACGAGCGUCUCCACUGGUACAUCGAGGUAGCCUGGGCCUUCUCGACGCUUCUGGGACUUAUUUUAUUCCUAAUUGAAAUCGCAAUCCUCUGCUGGGUUAAAUUCUAUGACUUUUCGGAAGUCGCGGCUUGGUCUGCUUGCGUGGUCCUCAUACCCGUGCUGAUUGUCUUCCUGGCAUUCGCGGUUCACUUUUAUCGCAGCCUCGUCGCUCACAAGUACGAAGUCACGGUUUCGGGGAUUCGCGAGCUAGAGUUACUUAAAGAGCAAAUAGAGUCUACUGACAUCGAAGGAAGAAAUGGCAGUAUGCUCCAAUCUACCACGCAUAUUGUAUGAUUUUUAAUUAAAAUUGAUUUAUUAAUUUUGUUUUUAAUUUCAAGUGCAUCUAAUGCACUUAUUGUUAUGUCUUCCAGAUGUAAUUAUUAUGUUUUAAAGAGGCCUUUAUGUAACUAAGCGGCUUUUUAAUAUUUAAUUAUUCCGUCGGUUUAUUUUUAUUGUAAAUAUUAUUUAAUUGAUACAUUCCUCUUUAAGCGACGUGACUUAAAUAAUAUUUUAUAAUUUCAAUUAAUUUCAUUAAACUCUUAGAUUAGAUUAACUACUACCUCGUCUUGUUUAACUUAUUCGCCCUGAAAAAUAAAAAAUUGUUUUAUUUAUAACAAUUUAAUUAUUAUUGUUGACAUUAAUGUAAGAUAUAUUCAUUAAUAUUAAGAAAUUGAGGGAGUUUUUUUUUUUUUUUUUUUUUAAUAUACUUAAAAUAUUGCGUUAUUAAUGUCAGUUAAAAUCGAAGUAAAAAAAGUAAAACUUGCCAUUUGUAUAAUAUUAUAUCUGUCCGAGAGUAAAAAGUUAUGUUUAAUUUUUUAUGACAUUGCUUAAUGAUGUAGUAAAUUAAAAAUGGUGUAUGACAAUAAAAUUAGCUGUAUCCUAAAUGGGAUAUAAAUUUUAAAUCAUAAAAUAAUAAGAUGGAUAGCUCUCUGAAUUAAUAUUAUUUAAAUUAGAAUUUUAAUUAUUGUUCUAUUUCUUCAAAAAUUAUUGACCCAAACAAUGCAAGUAAUUUGAUGUUAUUUUUUCUGUAAUAUAAAAACAAUAAAAGAAUUAUUUCUAAUAAAAAAUUUAAAGAAAUAA